AUGGACCUAAUAAGGUUACCAUUACAGGUAAUUGUGGAGCUCACCGUUCAGUCAAUUACGGAAAUCAGUGAAUUCUCGAGCAGUUUCAAAGCCGACGUGUGGUUCUCUCAAAUAUGGCGAGAUCCACGGCUCGAUUUUACUGAUCGCAAUUACUGUAUAAAGAACAUCUCGUUAGCUGCUCAUAAAUUACCACAGCUGUGGUCUCCCAAUGUUUGCUUUGUAAACAGCAAAAAAGUGGAAAUUCACGCAUCUCCUUCUCAGAAUAUACUACUGUUGGUAUUCCCGAACGGCACCGUAUGGCUGAACUUUCGUGUUUCACUUAUAGGACCUUGUAAACUCGACCUCACAUAUUUUCCAAUGGAUCGGCAGUCUUGUAACUUAGUCUUCGAGAGUUAUUCAUACAACACUGCCGAAGUUCGAAUAGUGUGGAGGGAUUGGGAGCCGGUCUCGAUUCCAGAUCCAAACUCGAAAAAUCUACCCGAUUUCGAGCUUAUUCAAUUUAUGAAUCGUAAUGCCACUCUGGUGUACACAGCAGGACUAUGGGAUCAACUGGAAGUGGAAUUCACAUUUAGAAGACUAUAUGGGUAUUAUGUUCUUCAGGCCUACAUGCCGACUUAUCUCUCUGUUUUCAUUUCAUGGAUAGCGUUUUGGAUUGACACCAAGGCAUUACCUGCCAGAAUAACACUAGGUGUCUCAUCUUUAAUGGCUCUGACAUUCCAGUUUGGUAACAUUGUGAAGAAUCUACCAAGAGUCAGCUACGUGAAGGCUCUCGACAUUUGGAUGUUCGGUUGCGUAGGGUUCAUAUUCCUUUCACUUGUUGAGUUAGCCGUUGUUGGCUUCGCAGACAAACUGGAUGCGAAAAGGAAGCGGUACAGCAGGUCUAUUGAGCAUGCGGUCAUGCGAAGUGAUUCCGAACAACAAUGGCUUUCAAGGCUACAGCGAACUCAUUUCACCGAAGUUGUUGACAAUCGAAGUCCACUAGCUACUGGUGUUCCAUUACUGGUAGCACCCGAAGGCAACGGCAACACGCAAAGAAAGCGAUCCGACGAGAAAAGCCGGCGAAUGUACGUACAUGUGGAGCACCCUGUGUACGUGAAUGGAGAGAGGAUUGAUGAAAUUUCUGCGAAGCUGUUCCCUCUGCUGUUCACAGCUUUCAACAUUUUCUACUGGUUCUACUACAUUGGAAUGUCAGGAGGAAUAUUCUGA